AUGUCUUCCGCUACCACUUUCUACGACUUCGAGCCCGUCGAUAAGAAGGGCAACCCCUUCCCCCUCACCGACGUGAAGGGCAAAGUCGUCCUCGUCGUCAACACCGCCUCGAAGUGCGGCUUCACCCCGCAGUUCAAGGGGCUCGAGACCCUCUACCAGGAGCUCAAGGCCCAGUACCCGGAGGACUUCACCAUCCUGGGCUUCCCCUGCAACCAGUUCGGCAGCCAGGACCCCGGGUCCAACGAUGAGAUCCAGUCCUUCUGCCAGCUCAACUACGGCGUCACCUUCCCCGUGCUGGGCAAGCUCGACGUCAACGGCGACAAGGCCCACCCCGUGUGGACCUGGAUGAAGCAGGAGCAGCCGGGCCUGCUGGGCAUGAAGCGCAUCAAGUGGAACUUCGAGAAGUUCCUGAUCUCCGCCGACGGCAAGGUGGUCGGCCGCUGGGCCAGUCUGACCAAGCCCGAGUCGCUCAAGGACACCAUCGUCCAGGAGAUCGAGAAGGCGCGGAAGGAGGGCAAGCUGGCCUCCCAGACCAAGGGUGCUACUGCAGCUGAGGAAGCUCCUACUGCUACGGCGGCGGCUGCCGCGCCUACUCCUGCUGAGGGUGCUGAGGCCAACCUCUAA